CCUCAUUUAAUUUCAAGCUCUUUGCAUUCACUCGUGACAAUGAAAAUGACUAAAGUAAGAUUGACUUGUCCGCGUAAAUUAUCAAGUUUAUCGAAACAUGUACAAAUUUCCUUUCGAGCAUGAUGACUCGUGGCUUUUACAUAUACAAUCCGCUCCUACAACGUUCACAUGCGCCGUCGUCCUCGCCGUUACCUAUCCAGCUCCUGUAACUCCCUCGGAUAUCGAUCCUCCGGUACGCGUUCGCGCGUUUCGAACGACGCAAGCUCGGGUUUAAGCCGUAGUAGAGGGAUACUACCCUCCCGGCGAAGGUAGUUUAUGCCCGGCGCAUCCCCCCGUCACCCCCGAUCGCGUCCUCUUCCCCUUUCUCUCUCUCUCUAUCCUCCCCUUUCGUCCUCAUGAACAGGAGGCACGGCGAUCGGGCAAGAUGAGCGACCAGGAGGAUCUGGAUUAUUACAUCAUGUUCCCGUCGUUUCCUCCAUCUCCGAAGGACCCGACGCUGACCGCGACCGGGCAGGAUCAACGGGAGGAGUUCGUGUUCGUGUACGAGGAGGACAAGCGACCGGUCGUGAUCCUGCUAGGAUGGGCCGGUUGUCAGGACCGAUACCUGGCCAAGUAUAGCGCGAUCUACGAGGAAAAGAGUUGCAUUACGCUGCGUUACACGGCGCCGGUGGAAUGCCUAUUUUGGCGCCGGGACAAGAUGCCGUACAUCGGCAAGCGGCUGCUGCAAGUGAUCACCGAUAAACGAUUGAACGAGCAUCCGAUAUUCUUUCACGUCUUCAGCAACGGCGGUGCAUUCCUGUAUCAGCAUGUCAGUCUCGCGAUGCAAAAGGCUAACACAUUGUUCAAGAUCAAGGGAGUGAUAUUUGACAGUGCGCCCGGUGAGAGAAGAAUAACAGCCCUUUUCAAGGCGAUCAGCGCGAUCAUCGGUGGUCAUCCUCUCACGAAUCUACCGAUGUCGUUCGUCAUCACGUUCUUCCUCUCCGUACUCUGGUUCUUCGAGGUAAUUGCACAGGCAUUCAGUAGAUCGUCCAUCCCGACAAAUCCGAUCGCCCUCGCCGAGGAAGCCUAUUCCUGGCCUCAACUGUUUCUGUAUUCCAACAGCGAUACCUUGAUUCCAGCAUCUGACGUCGAGAAGUUCGCUAGCCGGCGAGCUGAACGGGGCGUGAACGUGCAGCUGGUCCUGUUCACCAACUCACCGCAUGUCAAGCACUAUGCGACUUAUCGCGACGUUUACGUCAACACCGUAUGCAGCUUCAUCCACGAAUGUUUGACCUCGCCGAGCCCGUCGAGGAGUUUGAUGGAUGUUCGCGACGACGAUCGCGAUUCCCAGAGCUACGAUGCGGUCCCAGGUCUCACUAAACGCGUCGUACUACCCCAUGAGGCCACCAAGCAGCAGAACUAGAAAAAUCGAGAGACGCUAUUAUUAGAUAAGAUAGUCACCUGCUAUGUGAAAUAUCGCGCUGGAGGCGGCGCAGGUCUCGCGAGUGCAAUGGAGAGAGGAUAUUUAUUAAUUACAAUUCUUAUGUAUACAUUUUAUAAAAAGAAUCUAUAAAGUACGAGUAUAUAAAAUAUAGAAGAAAUCGCUUGGAAUCCGUAAUUACGAUCUUCAAUUCUUCAAAUUGUUGAUUUCUAAUCGUUAGGAGAAUAAACUUUUUUUAUUAAAGUUAAAAAAUUAAUUGGCAAGAAAAUUAAAAAAUGAAUGGUUGAUUAAAUGGACAAAAUUGAAAAGAGAAAUGAAAAUUCUCUAAAAUAUUUUGAAAGCAAUUCCUGUUUUCGAAGAUUAAGAGUUGCAAAAUUAUGCGGAAUUAAUUCCUGGCGAUUCUUAUUUUAUAUGAUAACGAGGCGAUAUCCGAGAUGCUGGAAACGGUGCUACGUCUGUUGAUGCAUAGAGCUAUUUUAUACGAAGCUGGAGUAUUAUCCUCGAGAAAAAUUAUUUAAAUGAAAAACGCGAGAACACACACGGUGGCGUGAGAUCUUUAAAAUUCUGUUAAUUGUAUUUCAAUGUAUUUCAACGUGAGAAUGUAAUUAAAAUAUGAAAAUUUUUAUCAAAACUAAUUUUAAUUUAUAUCAAUACAUUUACUCUCUACUCUGCGAUAAUUAUUAGUUUUCAUAUGUAGCUCGAAUAUAACGCAUAAUCUAAUUUCCUACAAUUAAUAAAACUUUCGAGACAUAUAAUACAGUGGUGCUAUAUUUUAUCGGAUAUAAUUUUCAGCAGAUGAGAGAAACCAGAUGCCUAUAUGAAUUAUGUGCACUGUUUGUUUGUCAUGUUAGACACGAAAGUAUUCGUUUUAUGCAUCUCGCAUAACAAUCCGGAUAAUGAAUCUUGUUUAUCGGAUGAGGACGGGUAUUUUUCUUCGAUUAAAAUGAUGAGAACGCGUCAAAGAUUUGAAUAGGCUUCUGGGUGAUACGCUCGCAGAGAAAAUUGUGCAACGCAAUGUUAUCGCUUUUACUCUUUUUCCUACGCAAAGAAAAGAACCCGCACAAUAGAAUCAAGCUGGACUUGAUUUAGCUUUCGCAAUUCACGAUCCAAGUACAUGAUAGCACUUAAUAUCGAUUCGGAAAAAAGAAUAAAGAAUUCUUCUUUCGUGUCCUGAAAUAUAACAGUGAUAAACUUUUGGGAACCUCGAUACUCGAGAGUAUAUAAUUGUAUUAGAAUAUCUCUCGUUAAAAUACACAUCUCUAUAUAUACAAAUAACAUAAAUAAUAUAAAUAUAUUUUGAUCUGUCGAUUAGAGUUAUACGAAUAAAGACUGAUAAAUAC